AUGUUGUGGCAAGAUAGGGAAGUUCGUUUCGACGUAUCAAGGCGCGAUUUGUUAUUCAAACAGGGAGAAAAAGUUUUCAAGAGUUUAGAAAGCGUGGAAGAUGUGAAGGGAAAUAACGGAGACAGGGGGACAUUGUACAUCACUAACCUGAGAUUGCUAUGGAUAUCUAAAGGUUUAAAGUUAAACAGUCUAUCAAUCGGCUUCAGCUGCUUCACAAGUACUUAUUUAAAGAAUGUCAACUCAAAGGCUAUUGGAAAGACAUCAGCAGUGGUCAUUUUAACAAAAUUUUCAGGAAUCAGAUAUGAGUUCAUUUUCGCUCAGGGUGAAAUAGAUAAUUCUAAAAUACUUAACUAUGUUGCCACAAUAUAUAGAUCAUACGAUUCUACUAGGAUUUACCGUGACUUGCGGCUACGUGGAGCAGUGAUGAAAGGGAACAGUCUAAUUUUGCUACCCGUUGAACAAUUGUUUGAUGAAAUAGAGGGAGUGUGGAAUUUAUCUUCCGACCAAGGUAACCUCGGAAAAUUGUUCGUAACUAACAUCCGGAUUGUCUGGGUAUCGAUAAUGAACGAAAAUUUCAAUAUAAGUAUUCCUUUCCUGCAGAUACAAAUAGUUGCAACGAGAAACUCCAAGUUUGGAGAAGCACUUGUGGUCCAAACUUCGAGACAGGCUGGGUCAUACCUUCUUGGAUUUCGGAUAGAUCCACAGGAGCGUCUGAUGAAGACACUAAAACAACUCAGCACUUUACAUGACCUUUACAUGAAAAACCCUGUACUUGGAGUCGAAGUCACUCUAGAAACAGAAUUACAGGUAGAGAGCAUAAGUGAACAAACAGAUGAAUUUAGAGAUCAGAUUGUAGAAGAUAACUGUGAUAUCCUAUCAACCUACCUGGCGGACGCAACCAAAUUAACAGAUAGGGAACCAGUAUAUAAUGAAGAUCUGGGUCUUGCUGUUGAACGCUUACCAGAAAACUAUAGUAUUUUUGACUUGUGGAAAUUAACGCCGCAAAGAAAAAAAGAAAAAUGA